CCUCGCACCUGAUCGUCGGACUAUUUACUGCUCUUUAGCGCAACUCUCUGCACUGCACUCGCCUGCCUCCAACAUGACUCUCCUCCACUGGACUUGAGCAAGCAGGAUUUCCGUCUUUUCAACAACAACAAAAAAACGCCCUUUCUAACGUGUGAUUCACAGUUUUUUUUAGUACAAGUGGGAGGAAAAAAAAAGAGUUGUGUUCAAAAUGCCGCGCUCCUUUCUGGUCAAGAAGCACAUCAACUCCGCCAAGAAGCCCAACUACAGCGAGCUGGAGAGUCCAACAGGUGGGGGGAAAAGUUUUUCAGAGCGAGUUUGUGGGGAACUUUCGCUGACUGACUCGCCGUCUUCCGUUUCAGUUCUCAUCAUGCCGCACUUGUACAAGGGCCUCCCGCUUCCCGUCAUCCCCCAGCCGGAGUUCCUGAGCCCGGCCGCGUACAGCCCCAUCACAAUGUGGACCACCAGCAGCCUUCCGCUCUCCCCGCUGUCCGGAUACCCUUCCUCGCUCUCCUCUUCGUCUUCUUCCAAGGACCACAGCGGCUCCGAAAGCCCGCGCAGCGACGACGAGGAGCCCGGCCCGCAGCAACCGGACCCGGACAAGUUCCAGUGCGUCCAGUGCGCAAAGUCCUACUCGACCUACUCGGGACUCGUCAAGCAUAAGCAGUUGCACUGCGACGCGCUGCAGGCCCGCAAGUGCUUCACGUGCAAAUACUGCGAGAAGGAGUACGUGAGCCUGGGAGCGCUCAAGAUGCACAUCAGGACUCACACGUUGCCUUGUGUGUGCAAAAUUUGCGGCAAAGCCUUUUCCAGGCCUUGGCUGCUGCAAGGACACAUCAGGACGCACACCGGCGAGAAGCCCUUCUCGUGUCCCCACUGCAAGCGGGCGUUCGCCGACCGCUCCAACCUCAGGGCUCACCUGCAGACCCAUUCAGAUGUGAAAAAGUACCAAUGCAAGAACUGCUCCAAAACCUUUUCGCGGAUGUCGCUGCUGCACAAGCACGAGGAAUCCGCCUGCUGCGUAGCACACUGAACACACGGGAUACUCGCCUCCACCACAGCAAGACCUUUUUUUUUUUCUUUUUUUUUUCUGUUUGUUUGUUUGUUUGUUUAGAAAGCGAAUUUCCAAGCAAGCCUGGGAGAUGCGUCAGGGAAUGUUUUUUUUUGUUUUGUUUUUUGCCAGGAUAAGUGUUCAAUGUUGGCAUUUUUUGCAAUCGCUUCUUGUUUCAAGCCUAAUGUAUUCGCCUACCUGUGCUAUUCAUGCACUUUUUUUUUUUUU